UCGCCUCAAUCAGGCGCCCCCAGCCCCGCCCGCGCCACCGCCCCCGCGUCCCCGCGCCCGCCCCAGGCCGCCCAUUGGCGCGCGCCGCGCGGGCGUGGCCGGCGGUUCCCGUGGCGGCGGCGCGGGCGGGGCGCAGUGCCUACCGAGCGCCCUCCAGAGCGCGGUCUCCGGCCUGUUCACGAUGGACGGCCACGACAGCCCCCCGACCCCCAAGGGCUCUCUCCGAAAGUUCCUGGAGCAACUCUCCGGAGCUGGCAAGGCCAUCGGCGUGCUGACCAGCGGCGGGGAUGCCCAAGGCAUGAACGCUGCUGUCCGGGCCGUCGUGCGCAUGGGGAUAUACGUGGGCGCCAAGGUGUACUUCAUCUAUGAGGGCUACCAGGGCAUGGUGGACGGCGGCAGCAACAUUGUGGAAGCCGACUGGGAGAGCGUCUCCAGCAUCCUGCAAGUGGGAGGGACCAUCAUUGGCAGUGCCCGCUGCCAGGACUUCCGUUCUCGGGAAGGCCGCCUGAAGGCCGCGUGUAACUUGGUUCAGUUGGGCAUCACCAGCCUGUGUGUGAUCGGCGGGGACGGCAGCCUCACCGGGGCCCACAUCUUCCGGACGGAGUGGAGCGGGCUGCUGGAAGAGCUGGCCCGAGACGGCAAGAUCAGCACAGAGCAGGUGCAGAAGCACGGGCACCUCAACGUGGUGGGGAUGGUGGGCUCCAUCGACAACGAUUUCUGCGGCACCGACAUGACCAUCGGCACGGACUCAGCCCUACACCGCAUCAUCGAGGUGGUGGACGCCAUCAUGACGACCGCCCAGAGCCACCAGCGGACCUUCGUCCUGGAGGUGAUGGGGAGACACUGCGGGUACCUGGCCCUGGUGAGCGCCCUGGCCUGCGGGGCCGACUGGGUCUUCCUUCCCGAGUCCCCACCGGAGGAAGGCUGGCAGGAAAACAUGUGCGUCAAGCUCUCAGAGAACCGUGCCCGGAAGAAAAGGUUGAACAUCAUCAUUGUGGCCGAAGGGGCCAUCGACACCCAGAACAAGCCUAUCACCUCGGAGCAGAUCAAGGAGCUCGUGGUCACGCAGCUGGGCUACGACACGCGAGUGACCAUCCUUGGACACGUGCAGAGAGGAGGGACGCCAUCAGCCUUUGACCGGAUUCUGGCCAGCCGCAUGGGGGUGGAGGCCGUGGUUGCCCUUCUUGAGGCCACCCCCGAGACCCCAGCCUGUGUGGUGUCACUGAGCGGGAACCAGGCGGUGAGGCUGCCACUGAUGGAGUGCGUACAGAUGACCCAGGAGGUACAAAAGGCAAUGGAUGAGAGGAGAUUUAAGGACGCCGUGCAACUCCGAGGAAGGAGCUUCGAGAACAACCUCAACACCUACAAGCGGCUGGCCAUCAAGCUGCCGGACUCUGAGAUCCCAAACAGCAACUGCAAUGUGGGCGUCGUGAACGUGGGUGCGCCCGCCGCUGGCAUGAAUGCAGCCGUGCGCGCCGCCGUGCGUGUGGGCAUCUCCGAGGGACACAAGAUGUUUGCCGUGUAUGAUGGAUUCGAGGGCUUCGCCAAAGGCCAGAUAAAGGAAAUUGGCUGGGGAGAUGUCGGAGGCUGGACGGGCCAAGGCGGCUCCAUCCUUGGGACAAAACGCACCCUCCCUGGGAAGUACCUGGAGGACAUCGCAGCGCAGAUGCGAACCCACAGCAUCAACGCACUCUUGAUCAUUGGUGGAUUCGAGGCCUACCUGGGGCUGCUGGAGCUGUUGGCUGCCCGGGAGAAGCACGAGGAGUUCUGUGUCCCCAUGGUCAUGGUCCCUGCCACCGUCUCCAACAACGUGCCCGGCUCCGACUUCAGCAUCGGGGCGGACACCGCCCUCAACACCAUCACCGAUGCUUUCCAGAGCUUGCUGGCGCUGUCGAAGGAACGCGACAGCCACCCUGAGUUUUGCAUCCCCGUUUGUAUGGUGCCCGCCACCAUUAGCAACAACGUCCCAGGCACAGACCUGAGCAUAGGCUGUGACACGUGCCUGAACGUGAUUGUGGAGGUAAGAUCUUCGCAUUUGCUCAAGGAGACGGCCCGUCAGGGGUCCCGUAGGGUCUGUCUUUCCCACUCAAGGAGAACCGGAACGGGGACCUGUUGGAUGUUCCAGGGUGAAUGAGCCCUGUUUCUCAUCAGCUUGGGUUAGCACACAGUUUCUGCCCGGCCUGUCUCGCAGAGCCCACCUGUGCCAACUUGCAGUGGGCUGUUCCCUUGGGGGGCUCUCGGUGAGCCUGCUCCUGCCUACCAGGACAAAAGCCCUGAGGUGCCCCCAGGUGACCAGCGGCAGCGUGGUGUUGGAGGAGACAGAACGCAGAGCAAGGGGGUGGGCAGAGGGACCCGGUGCUGGGGGUAUGAGAGUCCAGUGGAGCCUGGGUCACAGGGAGGUGGGGAGGAGACGCCCUUCCUGAGGGGCUUCACCCACAGUCCCUUCCAGCCCCUUCCAAGUGGGCCCUCAGCAGGCCGGUGUCACCCAGGCUCCGAGAGACCAGCAUCUCCAAUCCUUGCCCACCUGGCAUCCAUCGGCACUGACCCUUGCCCAUCGGCACCCUGCUGCCUGGCCUGUGCCGUGGGCAGUGGGACCCGUGUCCUCCCCCAGCGGGGACCAGGUGCAGACCCCCCUCUGCUGGAGGGUUCCCGUCUCAGCUGGGCACAGAGCCCCAGUAAACGGGCACGUCCGGGUGGGGCCGAGACUUGGGUGCGUGGGCCUCACAGGAGGGGCUUUGCUGGCUGGUGGAGAUAGCUGCUGUUCUGGGUCAGGAGGGGAGCCCAUGAGACCUGCAGCCCAGGGGGCCUGUGCAUCCCCCAACCUGAAUUCCUGAGACAGAGGCCAGGCAGGCAGGUCUUAGUGCUCAAAUGCCGCAUGAAGGACCCGUGGACACCGCAGCCCUGUGGGUCUCCCCACCCAGCCAGUCACCCCCAGGCCUGAGCACCAGGAGGACAAGGUGGGCACGUUGACGUGGUUUCUUUUCCUGUCUGGGCUCCUAGAGAACGUGGAGCUUCCCAGCUGCUGAAGUGCACCCUGGGUUUGGAUGAGAUCAGUCUGUUUUGGGGGAGGGUGGUGAUCCAUCACAGACACUGGAGGGGUCAUCAGGGGUGACGGAAUGGGGCCCGUCUGUCAUCACAGUGCUUGUCCACGUUUAAAGCAAAGUCUUCAAGCAAAGGUCUCCCUGCUGGUGGUGGUACACUUGGGUGCACAAAGCCUUCUUCCCCCUAUGUGUCCCGGAGUGUUUCAGGAGAAAACAGAGCAGGGACAUGCCUGCUGAUGAGCCCUGA